AUCCUGCUGGAGGAGGCCUCCUGGAGGCCUGCGCCGUACCGUGGUGCUGGGUCCGAGCAGGAGGAACCACGAGAAAUUCCUGCCUCCUGACGCCUUCAUCCACGUCAAUGACUUCCAGAGCCCCGAGGAACUGGCCCAGUCCCUGCUGCCGCUGGACAAGGACCACGCCCUCUACCUCGGCUACUUCCGCUCGCGGGAGACCCUGCGGCCUGGAUCCUUCCGCAGGGCCCUGAUGUUCUGCAAAGCCUGCUGGCGGCUGCAACAGGAGUCCCCCUACCAGACGGUGCCCAGCACAGCCUCCUGGUUCACCUGA